CACUGUCGCAAACAGUGUCGUAAAGCUGCACUUUACGACGUCUCCUGUAUGCAGAGCGCAGGUGCAGACGCGCUGCGUGGAGGAUCCGUGAGAGCGCUCGUGUUGGUGGUGUUGUUGAGCCUGUGCAUGCUCCCCCUGCUCCAGAGGAUUGGCUCUAGGGCACUGUCCAUGGCAUCAGAAGUGUACUCUCCGGGCACGCACUCGGCGGCCUUCAUCACCUGCCCCAACCACACUGUGGCGCUAGAGCUGGCACGAGGCAUCGUCCAGAGGAAACUAGCCGCCUGUGUGAACAUUGUCCCAGCCAUCAAAUCAGUAUAUGAAUGGCAGGGGAAAAUCGAGGAGGAUGACGAGGUGCUGCUGAUGAUCAAGACCAGAAGCUCCAAGGUUCCUUCUCUAGCCGAGUUUGUCCGGUCCAACCAUCCAUACGAGGUGGCAGAGGUCAUCAGUCUGCCCAUCGAGCAGGGCAACCCCCCGUAUCUCAAGUGGAUCGGAGAAGUGGUCCCGGAUGAACCAACUUCAACCAACAAAUGAAACCUCCCAUUCUGAAAUGUUUCAAACCCAGAUCAACCCCAUGGAGACACGGGAAGGACAUCUGACACAUGGGGAGGGGAUCUGACACACAGGACAUUUCAGAACAUGUUUGCAGAGGUCUAAACUACAGGAUUAGCAGCUUUUACACAGGAUAAGGUCCCAUUAAGACACAGGGAAUCCACCUAACACACAAGAUGUUGCGUUACGUAAAGAACUGCAGCAGAACACAACUCUUUACAACCCUUUGUCUGAAAUGUCUGAUGCUACAUUUGAACUAUUCUGUUGAAAGGAAAAAUAUAUAAUUUGAAUGUUAAAAAAUGAGACACAUUUGUUCAGUCCACAUUUAUUAAAUAUUUCUGCUUAUACACUCUCUCAAGUACAGCUUUGCUUCACAAACGGCUAACUGUUUAGUACAAAACAAAAGCUAGAAUAAAUGAAGUAUAUUACACACUGCAAGAACAAUGGCUGGGACUGAAAACUGGUUAUCUUGAUUUGAGAAUUUGUAUUCAGUUAAUUCUGAAAUCAGACUUAAUCAUAAUUUUGCUGCAAACACAAGAUAAAAAAAAAAUCUUCACACAUGUUUAACACACAAACCCUGCAUAUUUAGGCUGAGUUCUUCUCUCAAAUUGAAAAUGCUCUGUUCCACCUUGUGAUGUCAUCAUGUGGUAAUACAGGAAAUGAUCCACUGUGUUUUUAAACUCCACACACCUUCGCUGGAAUCAUUUGGUUGAUUUCAGAUCUGGAAUUGCCCAUGUCUACUGAACUUAUGGUAAAAGGAGCUGUUAACUUGAAAAUUACUGCUUCAUGACAUCACAAGGUGGAACAGAGCAUUUUGAGCUUUGGAGAUGUAGACAGACUCAUAAUGUAUGGUUACUCAAACAUGUGAAUGAAACAAAGUACAACUCCAGAUUUGUUUUUGAGGAGGUAACAACAAUACAACAUGGCAUAAAGAUCACAAGAGUCAAACAGGUGGUGCAACCCUCAACAGAAAAGUUACAUAUUAAACCUUUAAACGACCACUCUAAGAGCGACAGUGGCUCAGUGGUUAGAGUGUUGGUCCCCCAACCCGAAGGUCGGAGGAUUGAGUCCCGCUCGGACCAAGUUCUGUUGUUGUGUCCUUAGGCAAGACACUUCACCCACAUUGCCUAGUAUGAAAGUGGUGUGGUGGUCGGAGGGGCCGAUGGCGCACAUUGGCAGCCUCGCUUCCGUCA